AUGCCCCACCCUUUUCUUGAAUUUGAAGGUUUUUCUCCAACCCAAGAAGAAUUUGAUAUAUAUUGUUGCAGCAAACAAGAAAAUGACAACGAAGAUUUUCUUGAUUUUAGUGGCUUUGAUCCCAUUCCAGAAAAAAGUGUUACAUAUUAUUUUAUCCAAAAUCAAACACACAACAAUGCUAAAGAAAAUUUUGAGGAGCAAGAGUUUAGUUUUGCAUGCACCGAUGUCCAAGGAACGUCUAUAUUUGCAGAUGAGAUAUUUGAAAAUGGAAAAAUACGACCAAUACUCCUUAAUUUUGACAAUUCUAUUCUCUUAUUUAAUGUACCAAAUAAUGAUGCAUCACAUGUUCGACCACCGUUAAAGAAGAUUUUUGUUGAGAUGUCUGAAAAUUUAAACUCGAGAUUGAGUGGUGUUUCGAACGAAGCACAUAACGAACCCUUGAAAAAUAGGAGGAUGAUUGAGAUGAAGGCUUCGAAUGAGUGUUACGAAAAAAGUAACUCCACAGGAUCCUCAAAGUUGUGGAGAUUUCGACAAAACUUGAACCUUCGAAGUAACAGUGACCAUAAAGAUGCUUUUGUUUUAUUGAACCCUUUAGUGCCAUCAAUGGCCAACAAGCCAAAAGUAGGAAACAUCGUUGUCAAAAAGGGAAAGGAUGACAUAAGUAAAUCUACAUUAUCGGCUCACGAGAAGUUUUAUGUCAUGAACAAAAUGAGGAAAGAUAACAAUAAACGAAGAUCGUUUUUGCCUUACAAGCCCAAUUUACUUGGGAUCUUUACCAACAUGAAUGGAUUGAGUAGGAGCCUUCACCCUUUUUGA